CGAAUCGUGAGUGGGCGCGGACGCGUUUGUGAUGGAAUUGCAGAACGAGGAGUAUGUGAAAUUGGAGUAUAUCGAAACGGCGUCGGGUAACAAAGUGAGCAGGCAGUCUGUCCUCUGUGGUAGUCAGAAUAUUGUUCUAAACGGCAAGACCAUCCUCCAAUCAGAAUGCAUCGUUCGGGGCGACCUGGCCAACGUCAGAGUGGGCCGUCAGUGCGUCAUCAAGAAACGCACGGUGUUGAGACCGCCUUUCAAAAAAUUCAGUAAAGGGGUGGCAUUUUUUCCUCUUGUGAUCGGAGACAAUGUGAUGAUUGAAGAGGAUAGUAUCAUCAAUGCAGCUAAUAUUGGCUCAUACGUUCAUAUAGGAAAGGAUUGUGUCAUUGGCAGACGAAGUACACUGAAAGACUGUUGCAAGAUUGAUGAUGGGACUGUGCUCCCUCCUGAGACCGUAGUGCCACCGUUUGCUCACAUUGCAGGCAACCCGGGUCGUCAGAUAGGAGAGCUACCGGAGUCUACGCAAGACAUAAUGACUGACAUGACGAGAUCAUUCUAUCAACACUUUAUUCCUGCGCCAACAAAGAAGUAGUGGUGCUACUCGUGGCUAUUGUAAAAUUGAUUAUGCAGAGUCGUAGAGGAGUGUAAUGUAAGUGUUACUCGUGCUGUGCGUUGUGUAUACUUUGUAUGAAUGACAAAAGCAUAGCACAUGUAUGUACCCACAAGUGUAUAUAAUACACACGCAUGC